UACACAAGAACAGUUAAUUUUAAAUUGCAUUGAAAAGAAUAAAAUUUAAAUAUUAUCGUCGGACUUGCGUACGACAGGGAAACUUAUUUACAUUUAUAGUGGGAUUUACUUAAGUUUUCGAAAACAUAUUUAUAUAGAUAACAAAAUGUUCAGCGCUAAUAAAAACUCGUAUCUUCAGCUGCAGACGUCUGUGAACCCAACACUAGUCAACAAAGCGGUGCGUCGUGCGAUGCGGAAAACUCAAUUUGAUCCUCAUGAUGAAACCCCCACUGCCCAAAGAAUGACGUCGAUGCAGCCAUCACUGUUCGGUCCCUGUACCGACAUCACGAGGGCAACCUUGGGCUUCGAACGUCUGGGGUUGCGUCACAUCAAUAGAGACAUCAACUCUGAAGACAACUUCAUCAAGCUGCGAGCUAUACAUUCUUUGCUGGAUCACGUACAAAUAUCCGAGAACGCUAUGUUCCUUGUGAACUUGAAUGCGACAAACAAGCUUAUAGAUCUGCUGCCAGACCAGGACCCCAUCGUCCGGGAGAAGGUGUGUCUCAUCCUCACGAUACUCGGCAACUACUACCAAGCCAGGGCCCGCAUCAUGGCCAAGCCAAUCGUCAUAAAUCAUCUCAUGUUUCUAUUCAUGAGAGACCGCAAAGAAAUCCGCUACGCUGCAGCGCGUUGUCUCAAAACCCUCGCCCGAUCAGAAGCAGAAACUAUUAUAAAAAACGAAAAAGUAGUCGAGAACCUCAUCAAAAUGAUUAAACACGAUCACGAAGGUAUUGUUCUGAUACAUUUGGAGACAUUAACGCACUUGGCUGAAUGGAACCCUGAGAAGCCGUUGAAAGCUAACGCGUUUAAAGUCAUGCUCAAGUUGAUAUUAUAUCAAGAGGACAGGAUCACAGAGGCAGCCAUCAACUGUCUGGUGCACCUUUGCAAACACGUGGUGGGUCAGAAACUAGCGGACAAGUACGACCUGACACGGUUCCUGAUACCGUACGUAGACUCUGACAACGUUAAUAUCAUCAUCAGUACCCUAGGGUUGAUGGCGUACACUACAGUAACGACGAGAGCUAAAUGGCGGGCGAAAGAGUUCAUAUACACUCUUAGCAGACGCUUAGUAUACUUAUGCAUAGUGCACGACAUCCCAGCGCUGCAACUGCGAGCGAUGCAGGUUCUGAUCAACAUGUGCGACAGCCCUGAUGUCAGGGGGUUUAUGAAGGGCAAUUUAGUCAAGUACAUUGAAGAAGGGAUAAAGAUCCGUACUCCUGAGCAGUGGGACGGUAGCACGGAGCCGAGGAAGUACGGCCUGGACGUCUCACAUAACUACAGGACGAGGUACAUUGAUGGUACGGAGACUGUGAAGAAUGAUAAAGGAGAUUACGUUGACUCUGUCACUGUGCCCAACUAUUUACAACGUGUCAGAGAUACUAAAGAACAUUUGUUGAAAGCAAUGGAUUUGAAACCUUAUGGGUCUUCUGGAUAAGGUGGGAAAUCGAACACUCUACUUACUCUCACUUGAACAUAUACAUCAUAUUCUACAGAAUAUAACUAAUUCGAUUCGAUUGAUCGAUCGAUAACGAAGCAGAUCGAUACAGAAUAUAACUAGUUCGAUUGUAAUCGAACGUCUGAGUAAACAGGGUUACCGCAAAUAUAAUUGAUACUCGAUUGUUUUAAUAAUAAUAAGCAUUUAUUCCAUAAAUCAUGUGAAUUACAAUAUUUGAGCUAGACAUUUUGGUUUUUAUUUUUAUUUUUAACACAUUUUUGUGCCUCGUGACGUACUUAAAGCUACAUUCAGUCGGAGAGACUAAAUAAUAAGUUAUUAUCUACAGUUACAGGAGUUUAUCGAUGUUUUAUCGAUACUAGUGGUGUACAUAUUACAGGUCGUAAUAAAAGUGCAGUAUAAAUCAGAAUGACGAUGAAUGAUGAAUGAAAAUGUUAUUAAUAUUACUACAAUAAUAUACAAUAUAAACUAAAUUAUUAUACACACACGUUAUUCAUUGGUAAACGUUUCAAUUAUCGACAAGCAAAAUCACAAUUUUCACUCAAACAAUUUGCGAGGGAUUCUCAUCUUUAUGUAUCAACAGAAGACAUAUAAUGGCACUUAUUAUUUAAGUUUUCGCUUAGUUUAUUAUAACCAAAAACAGUAUAAUCAACUUGGUUUGAAUUUUUGGUUUAAAUAUUUGCAAAAACAACUUAUUCAUUAAUUUUUGAUCAAAUAAAAAGACAAAACAAUUCU